ACGGUAGCCAAUGAUGGGAAGGGAGUGAGACCAACUGUGCACUGAUCCGUGGCAUACCAAGACAGACGACAGAAAAAUAACUGCGAUCAUGACACGUAAAAUUAACAAUAAAAUAGAAUAGAUAAACGUAUCAUGUUUUGAAAUAAGGUUUAUAAAGAGAAGGGACUUAGAGAAUGCCUUAUAAAAAAACGUAUCCUUGUUUGGAAAUAGUGCUGGCUUGGGAGUCGUAGUCCAUGCGUCUCUCUGGAUGAGUGUUUCUACAGUAGGUCUGCUAACGCCUUUUGUAUUCAGCCAUGUCCGAACUAAAAACCCGUGAACUGCUCAAUGCCUUAUUACGCGAUCCGUGGCUCUGGAAUGCAAUGCAACAUUGUUGCGACGCAUAACGAUAAUGUGUUCCACUUUAGAAAGCGAGUUUGUUCCAGCCAUUUUUUGGGGGAGAAGCAAAUCACUUAUAUGUUUCGCAUCGCGUAUGUAUUUUUGCGGAUUAAACGCCUAAAUAACUCGAAAUAACUGGAAGAUUACUAUUUUCUCGCCUAUCAUGGAAGAUACGGAGCAGAGUGAGGAGGAGCAGAAGGAACUGGAGCUGGUGGUCCUCUGUCUGCAGGAGGAGGGCAUGGCCCCCGGGGCCUCAGUGAAGGAGCAGCUGGGUUUCCUAUGGAGGCUGUUCCAGCACAGCGAGGGACGCCUCGUCGCCGUGACCCAUGACCUGGACAGCCUACGAGCACGCCACUCUGCCGAGAUGGCCGAGGUGCAGAGGUACCUGGAGCACAUCCGUAGCCUAUCAGAGAAGAGGGAUGCCCUGGCCCAGGAGUACGAGCAGGAGAAUGAGGUCCUCAGGGCCCAGCUGCAACGCCUGACACUCCAGCAAGAUGCCCAGAUGAAUGAGGUGGCUGAGAUGUUGUACCAGGAGGGCCUGGCAGAAGUGAUUCCCAGCAGCCACAGUGAACAGGUGGCCUACCUGCUGGUGGAGAGGGCUUCCCUGCUGGAGAGACCUAAUGACCCCCAGGUCCCCGAUGCCCAGGCAGGCACACCCUCUGCCAGCCAGCAGGAGACACAGUCCCAGAUUCAGUGCCCCAAAGAGAGCAUGGACCAGGGGGCACCCUCACGUGGCCAGAGCCCAUGGAAGAGGCUCUUUGGACUCCGCAAGGCAGCUCAGAGCAAACAGGCUUUGGCCUCAGUUGAGCUCAGGCCGGGGUCAGGGCUCAGUGUGGAGCAGGAGUGGGCCCGUCUAGAGAGAGACCUGGAGGAGGCGUCACGUCGCUUGGCCAUGGCCCACAGAGAGAUCCGACGUCUGACCGAUGAGCUAGAGUCAGCCCACAUGACACAGAGUGCCUAUGAGCCAGAGCUGCAGGGAGCCCAGGAGGAGGUAGAGCAGCUCAGACAGGAAGUGGAAAAGCUCAAGAAAUGUGACGUGGUGGAGUUGCGUAAGGCCAAGGAGCUGAAUGAUCGUCUGGACCAGGAGAUCAGAGCCCUCAGGACGAGGGUGCGCACCAUGGACGCAGAGAGAAAGACCCUCCUAGAGACGGUGGAGAAAAUGAAGGACUCUGACAAUGCGGCUAAGACUCACCCAGAAGCACUGCAGCUUAACUUGGCUAAGGGAGAAGGGAUAGCCGCCCCUCAGAUGCACACUGUCUGUCUCCAAACAGAACUACUGCUCCUGGACCAGGACAAGACCCAUGAAAGACGCCUCCAGCAGUCCGAGACCAAGGACAAACUAAAUGAUGUGCGGCGUCAACUGCAGGGGCUGCAGGAGAAAUACGAUGAGCUGAUGAACGUUACGAAGAAGGCAGAGGAGUACGAGGACUACGAGGAGCUGAAGAAGCAAAGAGAAGAGGAGGAGAAGGUUCUGGAGCUGCUGAUGGAUAAGACCGAGGUGGUGGAGGGGGAAUAUGAGGAGCUGAAGACUAAGAAAGAGGAGAUGGAGGAGGAAUAUGAGGAGCUGAAGACUAAGAAAGAGGAGGUGGAGAGGGUGUAUGAGGAGCUGAAGACUAAGAAAGAGGAGGUGGAGAGGGUGUAUGAGGAGCUGAAGACUAAGAAAGAGGAGGUGGAGAGGGUGUAUGAGGAGCUGAAGACUAAGAUGGAUGAGGAGAAGAAGGAAUAUGAACAUCUGGAGAAUAUGAGGGAGGAGUUGAAGCUGGAUGAAGCUCUGGGCCGGAGCAAGCAGCAGCAGCAGCAUAGUAGUCAGGCGGUGGAACUGCAGUUUAAGGUGUGUGCUGAGUUGAAGCAGGGCCAGGCUAUGGUCAGCCAUCUGGAGCAGAGGGCUCUGCAGCAGGAGAAUAGGGAGCUGAGGGAGGGGCUGGCCCAGAGCAGCCAGAAAGCCCAGAGUUGCAGCCAUCUGCAGGAGGAGCUGAGCGCUGAGAGGGCCAAGCUCAAAGCCAUGGAGGUAGAGAUACAGGGUCUGCAGCAGCAGCUGAAGAGCACAGAGCACCAGCUGAACGUGGAAAGAAACCGCAACACAGAGUCUGGCCAGCAAGAGGAGGAGGCAAGAUACACGGCCCUUAGGACUCAGGAGAACCAGCUCCACAGGAGGAUGUGGGAGCAGAGGGAGGAGGAGCUGCAGGAGGAGGGGUGUUCCCUGCGAGAGGUGGAAGCCUCCCUGAACUGCACUAACUCAGAGCUGAGCCGCCGAUUUAGAGGCCAGCAGACACAUCGAGAUGUCCUACAGAGUCAGACAGCCACAGCCAGGCAGGAGAUUCCUGCUGAUUAUGUAAACCUGAAGGAAUGCCUGGAGGCCAGGCAGGAGGAUUGUGAGAAACUGACAAAGGAGCUCAUGGAAGUUCUCACGUGCCUGGAUUUACAGAAAAGCAAGAACGCCGAGAAGCGAUCUCAGCACAAAGCCAAAAUGCGGCGAGCCAAACAGAUUUUUUUGAAGGAGACAGGAUGUCGUGAUGAGAGGAUUCAAAGCCUUGAGAGAGACUUGGCUCUCGCCUUAACCUCAUCAGCCAGGGAGAAAGAGAUGAUAGUGAACAUGAAGGAGGAAAAUGGGAAACUGCUGGCAGAGAAGAGGGAUCUGCUCGGAAAACUGAAUGAUGUGGAGGAGAAAACAAACAAGAGUGUGCUUGCUGCCACUACCACUCAAUGCAGUGUGGAUUUCCUGGAGAAGGAAAGCAAGCACUUACAGGACACCAUAGUGGAGAUGUCCGGUCUGAUACCUAAUGGAGCAGCAUUGCAGCGCGCACUAAAGAAUCUCCAUAAAGCACGCAGCGCUAAUGUACAGGAAUCGAAGAAAAUGUCUCAUUUUGAGAGCAUACUGCUAACGUCUAGCCAUCUGGAAACCAGAGUUCUGCCUGGAGCAUUUGACAUGAGAAGCCAUUUGGACAACAUCCAUAGGAGCAAGGCCAGUCACACAGAGGAAGCCACCUCUCCACGCUCUACACUGACCACGCAGCCUGUGGAGAUGGGCUAUCUGAACCUGACCUCAUCCCCAGGGGUGUGGGACAGCAAUCUGAACCUGACCUCCCCUCUGACCAGGGCUGACCACAACUUCUGGCGCACUGAGCUCGGACAGUGACGAGGUGUGAGGACAGACAUGCAGAUACAGCCAAACAUAAGAAGGGAAUGCUGCAAUGAACAAUACCCUGACAGGACUAGUUGUUUUAUUUUUAUAUUACAUAUAUUCUAUGCAUUGUGGUUUAAGUCUAUUAAAGUAAAUUUUGUGUCAUGA